AUGACUUCGUCGCUCGCAGCCCAGCUGGCCAACGUGCGCUCGCACAACGCCUCGCGGCUCGCCUCGUCCGCGUCGCUGGUCAAGCACACUUCGUAUCUCUUUCCGCCCAAGACUGCGGCGCAGCAGGACCUGUUCACGGUUCACGCGCUCGGCGCCAGUGGAUGGACCGAGCUCUCCGCCCAGGAUGCCUCGCUGCAGCAGUGGUCCAGCUCCUCGCUCCUCUUUGGCGAAGAGAGCAGAGGCAUGGAUCGUCUCAUGCUGCCCAAGGAGGACAACGACGCAAUCGACAAGGCCGUGAGGGAGUUCCUCCACCUCGCCUCGCCGUUCCUCCUCUCCAAGGGCGCAUCCAAGUGUCUCGAAUGGCUCGUACGCCGCUUCCACAUCCACGAGUUCAGUGUCCAGGACGUGCUUGCCGCUUUCCUGCCUUAUCACGACACGCAGCAGUUCGCACGCAUGCUCUCGAUCGCCAAGCUCGACGGCAAGCCUCACCUGCAGUUCCUGCUCUCCGUCAAAAAGACCGCCAGUCCACUUCCAGCCGGCGUCCUCCAUGCAGCCAUCCUCGCGCCUGCCACCACCACUGCCAGCCUCGACCUGCUGCGUUGGCUCUCGUCCCUCAUCGUCAACGACACCACCAUCGCUCUGCACAUCGCUCCACACCGAGCUCUCGUCAACUUCUGGACCUCAACGCUCGUUCAGGUCUGUGCGGCUCGUGCACGAAUGGACGACACCCAGCACGUCUCGGGCCUCUCCAAAUCCACCAGCAACUCAAAGAAGUCGGCAAAGACGCGCGCCGCCGAUGCCCAGGCCAUCCUCACCAUCCUCCUCCCCGCAGCAGUCCGAGUGGCAGCCACCGCCUCGCUCGGUCAGGACGCGCAGAUGGGUGGCUUCAUGCUCCUGUGCACCAUUGCACAGUCGUUCCCGCUCAGCAAGGAGGCCAUUCAGGGCAUCUUCACCAGCCUCGCCAAGUCGCUGUCCUCGUCCAGCAUCACCACCAACGUCAACCGCGCCCUGAUCUCGUGUGCUUUUGCCCUCUGCGCGAGCUCCAGCGUAGCCACUGCCCCGCUCGCGGCACAGUCCACCUCGGCCGAUCGAUUGAUCCCGGACAGCCUUGCCGCGCUUCUCGUCGCAUCGCCAGAGGCCGGCAGCUCGAUCAGCGCGCUCGCCAAGCAGUACGACGGACGCGCCUUCCUCGCCCAUCUGCUUGCAGCCCUCUCGGCACGUCUCUCGCACGCCUCCUCGGCUGAUCUUCUCAGCACGCUGUUGCGCGGCCAGGUUGUGCACGACGAGCUUGCCAUCCAAGCCUCCGAGUUGCUCCUCAACCUUCGUCUUGGCACCGUCGUUGGAUCGUCCCAGGCGCUCGAGGUGGCGUUCGAAGCGCAUUUCAAGGCAGACAUGCUGGUGGACGCCCACAAGAACCGUCUCCGUGUUCUGCAGACCGUGCGAACCCGAAAGCCCCAGGUAUUCGACGCUGCCCUCCGCAACUGCACCCGCAAGGACCAAGCCGAGGCUCGCGUUGCUGCUAUCUGGCAGACGGUCCAGGCUGUCCUCGCCCUCGAGUCCGGCACGUCGCUCGACGACGCCUCUAGCGGUCGCCUCGAUGGUCAAGGCCAGUCUGAUAUUCUCUGGCUCUCGAUCCACUCUGCCGAAGCCUCGCAGCGCGUGCUCGCCCUUAAGCAGCUCUACAAGCAGGUCAAGGAUGGCCGUGCACGUGCCGACGACACUAUGGUCCGCGAGGCACUGCAUGCACGCAUCCAGGACUCGUCCGUCGACGUCCUCCAGGUGCUCUACUCGCAACCUGCCUCUCUGCUCGAUGCGUUCGACAAUGAGACUCUGCUCACCUCCGUCGUCGAGUCGCUGGCGGAAGAGGGCAUUUCCGUCGACAGGUUCAGCCAGCACCUCCAAUUUCUCCUCAACGCAUACCUCGAGAGGCACGCCGACGCCCAGGACGCUGUUGCGCGGCAAGCUGUCUGGCCCAACCUCCUGCAAAGCAAGGCUCGUGCCGCGCUCGCAAAAGCGGCGGCCACCACCAUCACUGGCAGCCGCAAGGUCAAGGGCCUGCUCAGCUCGAUUGCCCCAUCGCUCGACGCCUCGAUGGCUGCCGCCGAAGCCAACGAUGCGGUCGCACAGGCGAUCGCCGCCUACAUCUUCCCUCUCGCCGAGGCGGAACGCGCGAGCUGGAUCGCCUUCCUCGAGUCCACCGCGCGACCGAUCGCCGAAGACUCGAGCUCGGCUGGCGCGGCCAUGUCGCGAGAUCUCGCCCUCUUGUCGCUCCUGCACCUCGCAGACAAGCUCGAGGGCCACGACUUUGUCACGCUUGCCGACACUUGCCUCCACACCAUCGUCUUGCCGUCGAUCUCGGCCGCCGGCGCUCUCACUACCGAUCAGGUCAAGCUUCUGUCCACCGUUGGUCUGCGCGACACCCUCGAGGCCUCGCCGCACUCCAAGCAGCUUGCGGAGCUCUCCAGGACGGCUGGUACGGAGCAGAGCGCGGUGCUUCUGGUCAGCUACCUGCUCAUUCAGAUCGUCCGACGCGUUCAAGUUCCCGCCUUCGACAGCUUUGUCACCUCUCAGGUCUCGGCCGAGGUUGCAGCCGCCAAAUCGCUGCUCGGCGCGCUGUACUCGGUGGUCAACACGGCUCCACUUCCCUCAUCGGUGCCGAAGCUGCUGCUCCAGAUCCUGCUCGUCAAGACCGGCGAUGCCAGCUUGCCCUUCCUCGCGUCCAUCUGGACCAACGCAACGGCGUCGUACAGUGCUGCCGUGCGUCUGGCGGCGCUGCGCCACGCCGAUGCCUACCUCUCCGCACAGGCGCAGGCCGGCGCCCAGGUCAAGGCCAAAGACUUCCAGGUCGUCGUGCCGCUCCUGCUGGCGGCUCUUGCCGAUGCCGAAGCAGCCAUUCGACUUGCCGCCAUCUCUUGCCUCGAGCACAUCCUGCGCGUCUCAAAGCACAUUGCUGAGAAUGCGAAAGCGAUGAAGAAGAAGGGUGAGGAGGCCGAAAUUUACGGUUACGAAUCGUUCUACGGCGCUGCUGGAUCGGACCCCAUGCAGUACAUCGAUCUGCCCGCUCUGGUGCACUACCUGGAGAAGCUUCUCGAGCGCAAAUCGGGCUUUCGAAACGAUGCUACGCUGCUGCCCAAGAUCCAGGCAGAGCUGCUGCAGAUCGGCCGUCACGACGGUCGCAAGGAGGUCGGCGAAAAGCACGCCAUGGUCUGCUUCAUCCUCUCGCACAUCCUCUGCCUCGACACGGCUGCCAACCGUCUCGUGCUCAUGCAGUCGCUUGCCGGCGUCAGCGACGCUGCUAAGCUCGACAUGUCGCUUCCGCUCAUCCGCAACGUUGUUCAGGGAAGCGUGGCAGCAGCCACGAAGGGCUUGCGCUCGAUCGAUGAGCGUGAGCUCUACCUCGAGCUGCUUUUCGGAGCCUACGACCGAAGCAGCCGUACGGUCGUCGAGACCGCGUCCACAGGUGCGUGGGCGCUGUUCUUGGAGGCCGUGGCUGGCAAGGACGGAAAGGCGCUCGUCCAAAAGGCCGCCGUCCGCGCCCUCGACAAGGCCGGCUUCUUCGCCACCCUGUCCCCCGCCAUGCGCAAGGAGAUUUACCUGCAUCUUGCCGACAUCGUUGCAGACCCAGCGCUGCCCGCCGCGCCCGAGGUGGGCUCGGCGCUGCGCGAGCUGCAGCUCGAUUCUGCGAUUCUGAUCGCCGUCUUCUCGGAGCUGCGCGAUGCGAUCACCACCAAGGCGCUCAGCGGGCCCGAGGCCAAGCGCGCGCGCACCAUGCUGACGUCGGACGAGACGAUGACGCGCACGUGCGCCGUGCUUGUCGCCGUGCUCGAGUCGGCCGUCGGCAGCAAGCUCGUGUGCUCGGGCAUGCUGCUGUACGAGCUCUUCGAGGUGCUCCGUGUCGCCGUCGACUUGCAUUCGGCCAUGCUCGCUGCCAAUGCCGAACAGAUGCUCCAGCUCGCCAUGGCGUGCAUCGAGAAGCUCAUCGACGCCUCGACCAAGGCCGGUGCAGCGGUUCCGGCCGAUGUGGCACAGGCGCUUCGUGCCGAUGUGAUCGUCAGCGUGAUCAAGUGUUCCAACAACCCGCAGACGUUCCAGCAUGCCCUGCUCCUGCUCGCCAGGAUCGCCAAUGUGGCACCUGAAGCGGUGCUGCACAAUGUGAUGCCGAUCUUCACAUUUGUUGGCGCCACAGUGCUGCAGCGCGACGAUGCAUUCAGCUUCUCGGUGGUGGAGCGGGUGCUGCAGAGCAUUGUUCCGGCGCUCGUCGGCUCGCUCAAGGCGUCCGACGCCGCCAAGCAGGGCAAGUUUGCUCUGCUGUGCGAGGCGAGGAUGUUUGUGCGCAUCUUCACCGAUGCAGCGGCGCACGUGCCGCGCCACCGACGACAGACAUUCUUCCGCAUCCUCGUCGACGUUCUCGGCGCCGACGACUUUGCCGCUGCGGUGGCGAUGCUGCUCGUCGACCGCUCGGCGCACAAGAUCGUCAAGCAGCCGCGCGCCGAUGCGGAGCAGACGCUGCAGCUGCCACUGUCGGUCGUGUCGCCGCACAGCGCCAUGGUGCAGGUACAGGUGCUGCACCAGGUAUUGGAGGAAGUGCUGCGUAUCUGGGCGCACCGUGCCGAGACCGAUGCGCUCAGUGAGCAUGUCUUCCUCGAUCGCGCCGGUCGACUCGACAAGGAGCACGUCGACCACGAAGCCGAGCCUCUGCGCCAGAUUCAGGCGCUCGUCAUGUUCAUCCGCCAGGUGCUCACCUCCAAGGCGUUUGCCGAGGAGGUCGGUGCCGUCCCCGAGGGCCAGAUCGGUCCUGAACUCGAAACGUUCAUCCAGCUCGCGCUCGAGACGGUUGCGAAGCUGCGCACUACCCAGCCCGUCAUUGCAACGCUGGCGCUUGAGUUGCUGGACAAGGCCAUGCCCUUCUCGCCCGUCGCCAACGUGCUCACAGUCGUCUCGAAGCUCGUCGAGGACGACGACGUGCCGCGCAGGACGAGCGGCUUCUCGCUCUUUGCCAGCCGCGUGGCGGCGAUGCAGGCCAACUCGCAAGACCGCACGACGGUGGCAACCUUCACUCCCGUCAUCGUCAAGGCGGCAGUCGAUGUGGUCGAGGCUUCCCUGUCGACGUCGCUGCGCGGAAGCGAUGCCGAAGCGCUGCGCCAGGCGGCGCUCGACGCGCUCAAGACGAUCGCGUCGUCUGCACAGCCAUCCGAGCAUGGCUCGCUCGCCUCUUCGCUGCCUGCGCUCGUCAAGCUCGGCCAGGCGGCAGCCAAGGCGCAGGAUGCGCGCAGCGCUGUGCCUACAGCGGCGCGCAUCAGCGUGUUCUCCAUCACCCGCAGGCUCACCACCAAGCUUGGACCACGCCUUAUCCCGCACAUCGCUGCGCUGGUGCCGUUCUGUCUUGCCGUUGUGUCGCAGCCCUCUGCGACGGUUGCUGGCGCUGCCGACUCGGACUCGGAUUCAGAGGACGCUCAGGACACAGCUCCAGGUGCGGCCAAGUCGAACGUGUCGUCGCUGCGCACAGGCGCGCUCGACACGCUGACGGGCUUGUUUGGCUCGGUGCCUACAUUCAUGACGUCGUACAUUGGCUCUGUGAUCCGACUGGCCGUGUCGCCGGAGCUCAAGGCGGCGAUCGCGAGCGCCAGUGGCUCGUCGACUGCCAGCGAGCGUUCGCUUACGCAGCUCGUCUCGACGCUCGUGCGCAAGACGCCCGCUAAGGAGGUGUUCGAAGCUACGUUCCGCGUGUGGGACGACGAGAUGGGCGCCGAGGUGCCUGCCGAUGCCAAGUCGGAGCGUCUGGUGGGUGUGGCCGAAUUCCUCGGACGUGCGCUGCGCCAAAGCGACCGCGAGGCUAUCAGCGCGACGUACAAGCUCGUCUACCGCUUCCUGCUGCGUGCGCUCGACCUACGCCGCACGAGCCUGGACGGCGAGGGCGCAUUGUCGCCCGCGGCCAUCGGCAAGGUCGAGUCGAGCCUGGUGCGCUCGGCGUUCAUGCGCAUGGUACUCAAGCUCAAUGAGGCUGCUUUCCGACCGCUCUUUAUGCGCAUGUUCGACUGGGCCGUGCUGGAUCUGGUCGACGAUGCCGACGAAGAAGCUGCUGCAGCCGACGGCGUGGUGGCCCGACAGGUCGUGCUAUUCAAGACGUUCAACGCUCUCAGCGAGACUCUGCGCAGCCUGGUGUCGUCGUACUACUCGACGCUUUUGGACCAGGUGGUGGAGCUUCUGUCGGGAUGGAGCAAGCUUUCGCGCUCGCCCGCGGCCGGAAGCGUGCAGGCCGAGCUGUGGGUGCACGUCGUGCGUUCGAUCCAGCUCUCGGCCACGCACGACGAGGGAGUCUUCUGGAACCCCACGCGUGUGGCGCGCAUCGCUACGCCGCUACUGGACCAGAUGAAUCUGCUUGCUGGCGCGGGAACGUUCAUUGACGAGGCCGACUUUGUCACCACGCUUGGCGGAGUCAUCACCGCUCUGCUCACCAACGUCAAUGACGAACCCACGCUCAAGCUGUUCAACGCCAAGCUGCUCCAGCGAGCCUCGGGUACGCGCGCGGCCAACAGCACGCGCGUCCGUUCCACUGCCACCCAACUCCUGGCACACAUGUGGUCGGCACAGAAGGACCACCUCCUCCCCCUUGUGCCCGAGACCAUCGCCCAGCUCUCCGAACUGCUCGAAGACGACAACGACGACAUUGUCGGUCACGCCAACCAGUUCCGCGUCCACAUCGAAGCCGCGCUCGGCGAAAGCCUCGAGUCCUACCUCACCUAA